CUGAAAGGAACUAAAAUGAUGAAACUCCAUGUCGAUGAGUUACCAGAGAAAUUCAAAGGAAUUUGUUUGUUUUUUGUACGAGCUAGAAAUGACAUUUCUGUGAAUAUUAAGACCAUGCACGAGGACAUAUACUUUUCAAUGUUGGAUGGAAGUGAGGGCCUCCUUCCUGGGAUCAAGAAUGUUAUUUCAACUGUUUUCCUGCCAGCUGUCCGUGCCACAAGCAAUUGGGGUGCUUUGAAUCAGACCAAGCAAGGAGAUGUUGAAAAACAGAGUUUUAAUGAAACUCUCAACAGAUUUCUGGCAUUUCUGGAUGGUGCUAGAGUGAGCAUUGAAGGGACAGUUGAGUUGAAACAAAUAGACUACAUUGACUUUUCUAAACUCCAAACUUUUGAAGAGGUGACGGCAGCAGCUGGCAAUCCUGAUAUGGUUCAUCAGUUAGAGGAUGUGCUUAUGAUAUGGUAUAAGCAAAUUGAACAAGUUUUGAUUGAAAGUGAACAGAUGAGAAAGGAAGCUGAUGACUCAGGUCCUCUCACUGAACUAGAACACUGGAAGCGUAUGUCUGCUAAAUUUAAUUACAUUAUAGAACAGAUCAAAGGACCAAACUGCAAGGCUGUCAUAAAUGUUUUAAAUGUUUCACGAUCCAAAAUCAUAAAGUUGUGGCGUGAACUGGAUGCCAGAAUAACAGAUGCAGCAAAUGAAUCAAAAGAUAAUGUGAGAUACUUAUACACACUUGAAAAAGUUUGCCAGCCACUCUAUAAUUAUGAUCUAGUGUCCAUGGCUCAUGGAAUCCAGAACUUAAUUAAUGCGAUAAGAAUGAUCCAUAGUGUUUCCAGAUAUUAUAACACUUCUGAGAGAAUGACUUCGCUGUUUAUAAAAGUUACAAAUCAAAUGGUAACAGCGUGUAAGGCGUAUAUUACCGAUGGAGGUUUUAGUCGUGUUUGGGAACAGGAUACUCCAACAGUGCUUAAGAAGAUCCAGGAUUGUAUUUUUUUGUUUAAAGAAUAUCAAAAAAGUUUUCACAAAACAAGAAAACAAAUAUUGGAGACUUUAGGAGAGAAGACAUUUGAAGUAUCUGAGAUGUAUAUAUUUGGCAAAUUUGAGGCUUUCUGUAAAAGACUUGAAAAAAUAACAGAGAUGACUACAAUAAUUCAGACUUUUUCUGCGCUGAAUAUGUCUACUAUUGAAGGGAUUGACAUUAUGGCAAUUAAGUUCAAAAAUGUCUACCAAAGUGUCCAAAAGAAAAAGUAUGAUAUUCUUGAUCCACGAAAAUCAGAAUUUGAUGUAGAUUUUUCAGAUUUCAUGGCAAAAAUAGAAAAUUUAGAGGUUCAAAUACAGACGUUUAUGAGUACUUGCUUUGGAAGAAUCUUGUCUUCACAACAUGCUCUUCAGCUUCUUCAGAGGUUUCAGAAGUUGAACAUGCCAUGUCUUCAGCAUGAAAUAGCACAUACGAUAGGACGGAUUCUUCAACAUUAUGUUGCAGAACUUGAAGCGACUAAAAAGCUUUAUCAGACUCAAAAAGAUGACCCUCCCCUGGCUCGAAACAUGCCUCCCAUAGCAGGAAAGAUAUUGUGGGUGCGGCAGCUUUUCAGGCGCAUAAGUGAGCCAAUCACUUAUUUUUAUAAAAAUUCCGAUAUCUUGGCAAGUACCGAGGGCAAAGCAGUUGUUCGAUUAUACAAUAAAAUCUCCUAUGUAUUGGUAGAGUUUGAGGUACUCUAUCACUCAGCUUGGAUGAAAGAAAUCUCACAGUUACAGUACACAUUGCAAGUUACACUUUUGGUACGGCAUCCUGAAACGGGAAAGCUCUUAGUUAAUUUUGACCCCAAAAUUUUAGAGAUUGUUCGAGAGACGAAAUGUAUGAUAAAAAUGGGAUUAGAAGUGCCUGAACAGGCAAAGAGGAUAGUCAAGAUUGAAAGUCAGGUUAAAUCGAACAAAUUAUGCUUGGAGAAUAUUCUACAUUGCUAUGAAAAUUUGUGUCAAGAAGUACCAACAGUGUUUGUCAAUUUGAUGGCACCAAAAAUGAAAAAGGUGGAAUCUGUGCUCCGGCAAGGGCUUACAAUUCUGACGUGGUCGUCUCUGACUUUGCCUAGCUUCUUUCAAGAAGUUGAUGAAGUUAUGAAAAUGUUUAAUCAACUGUUGAAAAAGAUUAAUGAUUUAUGUGAAAUGCAGAUUGAUUUAACAAUGAAAGAUAUUGCAAAUACUCUUUUGCUUGUGCUGCCUGAUAAUCCAAUGAAAGUUGAGGAUCUGUUGGCACGCAAUGAGACCUCCACCAAGGAAUGGGCUGAAAUAUUAAACAACAAAAGCCGACACGUCGAAGAUGCUGUACAGGAACUGAUAUCUAUAUUUGAACAUAUUUAUGAAGUUAAGCGUAUUAAAAAAUCACUUGUAAGAAAAAGUCCAACACAAGAAGGGAAACAUGUUGCAUUUGGUUCAUCAGAAGUUCAGAGUCUAACUUCUGGGUCUUCUGCAAUCCUUACUGAGGAAACUGAGGACAGCGAGAAGGAGGAUGAGUUUAAAAAGGAAUGCAAGGAGGUAGUUGCAUAUUUUAGUCAUCAGUUGUUGGAUAGUUUGCAGAAAGCAACUCGCUUGUCUUUGGAUGCUCUUAAGAAAAGAGUAUUUGUUUCAAGUUCAUUUGGACGACCACCUUAUUUGCCUCAGACAGCUACAAAACCUGAAGAAGUUAUUUCACUUCUCAAAGCUGAAGUGCAUUUAGCUAUUCCACAUGUGGUGAUGGUUCCCAGCUUGGAUGAUAUCCAGCAAGCUAUCAAUAGGAUGAUUCAGUUGACACUGGAUGUGAGCCGCGGAGUGGCCCACUGGGGACAGCAGCACUUGAUGAAAACAGCUACCAACAUGGAGGGGACCCUUGGUCCAGCACCAAGCACAUUAGCAAAAACAGGCAGAAAAGAAGAAAAACCACCUGAGGAGAUACAUCCUAUCAGAAAGUUAAGAAACUUUUAUCCAGGUGUUGCAGAACACAAGGAUAUUUCCAAAUUAGUUGUUGUUCUGUCCUCAGCUGUAAACUCAGUACGGAAAGCUGCUGGUGAAGCAUUGCAAGACUUUCAAAAAUAUAAAGCUCUGUGGAUAGAAGAUAGGGAUGCCAAAGUUCAGCAAUUUUUGGCCAGUAAUCCCUCUCUGACUGAGAUCAGGGCAGAAAUUCUUCAUUAUGCUACCUUUGAACAAGAAAUAGAAGACUUAAAGCCUACUAUUUCUGUAGGCCCCAUUGAAUUAAAUACAGGGCCAAUGAAAUUGGCACUCUCUAUAGAAGCCAAAGCCUGGAAAAUGUUGCUUUGUCGCUACUUAAAUGAAGAAUACAAGAAGAAAAUGCAAGACAUGAUAACAUUUAUAUCAGAAUAUUUGAAAAAGCUAUCUCGACCAAUUCGAGAUUUAGAUGAUGUCAGAUUCGCUAUGGAAGCUUUGUCUCAUAUACGUGACAAGGAAAUAGAAAUGGAUAUGACAAUGGGACCCAUUGAAGAAGCCUAUACAAUUUUGAACAGAUUUGAAGUUGAAGUGACAAAAGAGGAAUCAGAAGGUGUUGAUACAUUACGAUACUCUUUUAACAAAUUGCAGAGUAAAGCAUCCAGUGUUCAAGAUGAACUCAUCCAAGUUCAGCCCAAGUUUAAGAGUCAACUGCUGGAGGCUGUUGAGGUUUUCCGUGAGGAUGUAUCAAACUUUGAAACAGCAUAUGAAAUGGAAGGACCUAUGGUUCCAAAUACACCACCCCAAGAAGCCAGCAAUAGAUUGCAAAUUUUUCAGACCAAUUUUGAUGAGCUCUGGAGGAAAUUUGUUACUUAUUCAUCCGGUGAGCAGCUCUUUGGAUUACCUGUCACAGACUACGAAGUUUUGCAUAAAAUCAGGAAGGAGCUAAGUUUGCUUCAAAAACUAUAUGGAUUGUAUGACACUGUGAUGAACAACAUCAGUGGGUAUUAUGAAAUUCUCUGGGGAGAUGUAGAUAUUGAAAAAAUCAACGCUGAACUUUUGGAUUUUCAAAACAGGUGCCGCAAACUACCCAAAGGUCUUAAAGACUGGCAAGCAUAUCUAGAUCUUAAAAAAAGAAUAGAUGAUUUCAGUGAAUCUUGUCCAUUAUUAGAAAUGAUGACUAAUAAAGCAAUGAAAUUAAGACACUGGAAUCGCAUUUCUGAAACUACUGGGCAUCCGUUUGAUGUCGAAUCAGAUUCCUUUUGCCUUCGAAACAUCAUGGAAGCACCACUUCUUAAGCACAAGGAUGAUAUUGAGGAUAUAUGUAUAUCUGCUAUUAAAGAGAAGGACAUUGAAGCUAAACUGGCUCAAGUAGUUGAAAGCUGGGCGAAUCAGGUCUUGAGUUUUUCAGCAUUCAAGGGAAGAGGAGAGCUACUUCUCAAGGGGAAUGAAUCUGCUGAAAUUAUUACACUGAUGGAGGACAGCUUAAUGGUCCUGGGUUCUUUAUUGAGUAACAGAUACAAUGCACCAUUUAAAAAAGAAAUUCAGAGCUGGGUAUAUAAACUCAGUACUUCCAGUGACAUAAUUGAAGAAUGGUUGAUAGUGCAAAAUCUAUGGGUGUACCUUGAAGCUGUUUUUGUCGGUGGGGAUAUUGCCAAGCAAUUACCCCAGGAAGCAAAACGUUUUCAAAACAUUGACAAGUCCUGGAUAAAAAUAAUGCAGCGAGCUCAUGAGAAUCCUAAUGUGGUUAACUGCUGUGUUGGAGAUGAGACCAUGGGACAACUGUUACCACAUUUACAUGAGCAGUUGGAAGUGUGCCAGAAGUCUCUUACAGGGUAUUUGGAAAAGAAAAGAUUGCUGUUUCCUAGAUUCUUUUUCAUUUCUGACCCUGCUCUUCUGGAAAUACUUGGACAAGCUAGUGAUUCACAUACUAUUCAGCCUCAUUUGCCUGGUUUAUCGGACAAUAUAAAUGAAGUAGAAUUUCAUCCAAAGGACUAUGAUCGAAUAAUGGCAGUUAUAUCCCGAGAAGGAGAAAAGAUUCCUUUGGACACGCCAGUGAAUGCAAAAGGACCUGUAGAGCUCUGGCUGAUGGAUCUAUUGAAAAUGCAACAGUCAUCAUUACACCGCGUAAUUCAAGCAGCAUUUUAUCAGAUUAGUGACCCAGGUUACCAGCUACUGAAUUUCCUCUAUCAUUUCCCAGCACAGGUCGGCCUGCUGGGAAUUCAAAUGCUGUGGACGCAUGAUUCAGAAGAAGCAUUAACAAAUGCAAAAGAUGAUAGGAAAAUAAUGUCAAUAACCAAUCAGAAAUUUCUGGAUAUUCUAAAUACCCUUAUUGGCCAAACAACUCACGAUCUUUCCAAGUUUGACAGAGUAAAGUUUGAAACUCUCAUUACCAUUCAUGUGCAUCAGCGGGAUAUCUUUGAUGACCUGGUUAAAAUGCAUAUCAGAACAGUCACUGAUUUUGAGUGGUUAAAGCAGAGCAGAUUUUAUUUUAAGGAAGAUACUGAUCAGACACUGGUAUCUAUUACUGAUGUUGACUUUGUUUAUCAAAAUGAAUUUCUGGGAUGCACAGAUCGUCUGGUCAUAACACCUUUGACUGACAGAUGUUAUAUUACUUUAGCGCAAGCUUUGGGAAUGAACAUGGGAGGAGCUCCAGCCGGACCUGCUGGUACUGGUAAAACAGAAACCACAAAAGACAUGGGGAAAGCCCUGGGAAAAUAUGUAGUAGUAUUUAACUGCUCAGAUCAAAUGGAUUUCAGAGGAUUAGGCCGAAUUUUUAAAGGUCUUGCGCAGUCUGGCUCUUGGGGAUGUUUUGAUGAAUUCAACCGAAUUGAAUUACCAGUGUUGUCUGUAGCAGCUCAACAAAUUUAUAUCAUUUUGACAGCAAGAAAAGAAAGGAAAAAACAAUUCAUAUUUUCUGAUGGAGAUACUGUAGAUUUAAGCCCAGAGUUUGGAAUUUUUCUGACAAUGAAUCCUGGGUAUGCUGGACGCCAAGAAUUGCCAGAAAACCUAAAGAUUCAGUUUCGAACUGUUGCAAUGAUGGUGCCAGAUAGACAAAUAAUCAUGAGGGUGAAACUUGCAAGCUGUGGCUUUAUUGAUAACGUUGUCUUGGCUCAGAAGUUCUUUGUUCUUUACAAACUUUGUGAAGAGCAGCUUACUAAACAGGUUCAUUAUGACUUUGGGUUGAGAAAUAUUCUUUCAGUUUUGAGAACUCUUGGAUCUCAGAAGAGAGCAAGGCCUGAUGACAGUGAAUUGAGUACUGUCAUGAGAGGGCUGAGGGACAUGAACCUCUCUAAACUUGUAGAUGAGGAUGAACCCCUCUUCCUUAGUCUUAUCAAUGACCUCUUUCCAGGACUGGUGUUGGACAGUAAUACGUAUGUUGACCUUCAAGCGGCUGUUGCAAAUCAAGUUGAGGAAGCAGGAUUAAUUAAUCAUCCACCUUGGAAUCUUAAGCUUGUGCAGUUGUAUGAAACAUCCAAAGUGCGCCACGGGUUGAUGACACUUGGACCAAGUGGGUCUGGAAAAACAAUGGUUAUAACUAUGUUGAUGAGAGCAAUGACAGAGUGUGGAUACCCUCACAGAGAAAUGAGGAUGAACCCCAAAGCUAUUACUGCUCCUCAGAUGUUUGGCAAGCUGGAUACAGCAACUAAUGAUUGGACAGAUGGGAUCUUUUCCACACUGUGGAGAAAAACUCUUAAAGCUAAAAAGGGUGAGAAUAUUUUUCUUGUUUUAGAUGGCCCUGUAGAUGCCAUUUGGAUUGAGAAUCUGAAUUCAGUCCUUGAUGAUAAUAAGACUCUCACUUUAGCAAAUGGCGAUAGGAUUCCAAUGGCUCCUACUUGCAAGCUGCUCUUUGAAGUGCACAACAUUGAAAAUGCCUCUCCUGCAACUGUUUCUAGAAUGGGUAUGGUCUAUAUCAGUUCCUCUGCCCUAAGCUGGAGGCCAAUAUUGCAGGGUUGGCUCAAAACUCGGACUACACAAGAAGCUGAAGUGCUGCUAGGUUUAUAUGAUAAAAUCUUUGAAGCAGCAUAUACGUACAUGAAGUUGAACCUUUUCCCCAAAAUGGAGCUUUUGGAAUGUAACUAUAUCAAGCAGUCCAUUAAUCUUUUGGAAGGCCUGAUACCCUCAAAGGAAGAAGGUGGCAUUGUAAGCUUGGGACAUCUCCAUAAAUUAUUUGUCUUUGGCAUCAUGUGGAGUUUAGGCUCUCUCCUAGAACUGGAAAGCAGGGAGAAGUUGGAAGCCUUCUUAAGAAGCCAUGAAAGCAAACUAGAUUUGCCAGAAAUCCCUAAAGGUUCACCACAAACAAUGUAUGAGUAUUAUGUCAGUGAAUGUGGUGACUGGGAUCAUUGGAAUCAAAAAGUUCAGGAGUAUGUUUAUCCAACAGACAGUAUUCCUGAAUACUCAUCAAUUUUGGUUCCAAAUGUAGACAAUGUCAGAACACAAUUUUUGAUGGAUACCAUAGCAAAGCAACACAAAGCGGUGUUGCUUAUUGGUGAGCAAGGAACAGCAAAAACAGUUAUGAUUAAAGGUUAUUUAAAAAAAUAUGAUCCUGAAGAGCACUUAUCAAAAGCUUUGAACUUUUCUUCAGCAACCGAACCUGGAAUGUUUCAGAGGACAAUAGAAAGUUAUGUGGACAAACGAAUGGGCAGUACCUAUGGGCCCCCAGGAGGCAGGAAAAUGACCAUAUUCAUUGAUGAUAUUAACAUGCCAAUUAUUAAUGAAUGGGGAGAUCAGGUGACAAAUGAAAUAGUGCGUCAGAUGAUGGAAAUGGAAGGGAUGUACAGCUUGGAUAAGCCUGGAGACUUUACUACAAUUGUUGAUGUACAGUUGAUGGCGGCAAUGAUUCACCCAGGAGGAGGCCGCAAUGAUAUCCCACAGCGCUUAAAAAGGCAAUUUACUGUGUUUAACUGCACCCUGCCGACCAAUGCAUCCAUAGAUAAAAUUUUUGGAAUAAUUGGAUGUGGAUACUUUCAUCCAUGUAGAAAUUUCAAGCCGGAAGUAUGUGAUAUGAUCAUGAAAUUAGUUUCAGCCGGCAGAAUAUUGUGGCAAUGGACUAAGGUGAAGAUGCUGCCCACGCCAUCCAAAUUUCACUAUAUCUUCAAUCUGCGAGACCUUUCCAGAAUUUGGCAAGGAAUGUUAACAGUCAAAUCAGAAGAAUGUUGUGAUAUUAGUAGCCUUCUGUCACUAUUUAAACAUGAAUGUACCAGAGUAAUUGCUGAUAGAUUUGUUCGCGAAGAGGAUGAGGUUUGGUUUGGAAACAGUUUUAAUAAAGUAGUUGAGGAACACAUAGAUCCUGAAUUAUUACCAGAAGUCCAAGCCGAGCCAUAUUUAGUAGACUUUUUGAGGGAUAUGCCUGAACCAACUGGUGAAGAACCUGAAGAUUAUGUGUUUGAGGCACCAAAGAUUUAUGAAUUGAUUCCAAGCCUUGAAUUUUUAUCUGAGAAACUGCAGUCUUACCAGAAACAGUAUAAUGAAACUGUUAGAGGUGGAUUCCUUGACUUGGUAUUUUUCAAAGAUGCCAUAACUCAUCUUGUGAAGAUUUCACGAAUAAUUCGGACAGCUUGUGGAAAUGCUUUACUUGUAGGAGUUGGUGGUUCUGGAAAACAGAGUCUUUCAAGGCUGGCUUCUUUUAUUGCUGGAUACAAAAUAUUUCAAAUAACUUUAACUAGAUCAUACAAUGUGACCAAUCUCACAGAUGACCUAAAGAUUUUAUAUCGAGUUGCUGGCGCUGAUGGAAAAGGAAUCACAUUUAUUUUCACAGACAAUGAAAUAAAAGAUGAGGCAUUUUUGGAAUACCUUAAUAACUUGCUUUCUUCUGGAGAGAUUUCCAAUUUAUUUCCUCGGGAUGAAAUGGAUGAAAUAACUCAAAGCUUGAUAUCUGUAAUGAAAAAAGAGCUACCGAGAGUUCCUCCUACCUUUGAUAAUCUUUAUGAAUAUUUUAUAACACGGUCAAGGAAAAAUCUUCAUGUGGUCCUCUGCUUUUCUCCAGUUGGUGAAAAAUUCCGAGCACGCUCUUUGAAAUUUCCUGGUCUUAUAUCUGGCUGCACCAUGGACUGGUUCACAAGAUGGCCCAAGGAAGCCCUUGUGGCUGUGUCACAUUAUUUCCUGUCAGGUUUUAAUAUUGUCUGUUCUCCUGAAGUUAAAGCGCAAGUGGUAGAAACAAUGGGCAUCUUUCAUGACUUAGUUUCAGAAAGCUGUGAUAAUUAUUUCCAAAGAUAUCGACGAAGAGCUCAUGUCACUCCAAAAUCUUACUUGUCUUUCAUUAAUGGCUACAAGGAUGUUUAUGCUGAUAAGCUAGCCAACAUUAAUGAACAAGCUGAGCGUAUGCACAUAGGUCUUUCUAAACUGAUGGAGGCCAGUGAAUCUGUCGCUAAACUCUCCCAGGAGCUGGCAGUGAAAGAGAAGGAACUGGCUUUGGCUUCUGUAAAAGCAGACAAAGUACUGGCCGAAGUAACAGUCAGUGCGGAGGCAUCAGCUAAAGUGAAAAAUGAAGUACAAGGUGUCAAAGACAAAGCACAAAAGAUUGUAGAUGAAAUUGAUUCAGAGAAAGUGGUAGCAGAGGCAAAGCUUGAGGCAGCUAGACCAGCAUUAGAAGAAGCUGAAGCUGCUUUGAAUACUAUCAAGCCAGCAGAUAUUGCAACUGUUCGAAAACUUGCCAAACCACCUCAUCUCAUCAUGAGGAUCAUGGACUGUUGUCUCUUACUGUUCCAGAAGAAAAUAGACCCAGUCACCCAGGAUCCAGAAAGGCCUUGUGUGAAACCAUCCUGGAGUGAAUCCUUGAAACUCAUGAGUGGGCCAUUUCUGCAGAGUCUCCAGCAGUUUGCCAAAGAUUCAAUCAAUGAAGAGACAGUAGAAUUGCUGCAACCCUAUUUUCAAAUGGAUGAUUAUACUUUUGAGAAUGGCAAAAAAGUCUGUGGCAAUGUGGCAGGGCUCCUUUCGUGGACAUUGGCUAUGGCAAUAUUUUAUGGCAUAAACAGAGAAGUAUUGCCCCUUAAGGCUAACUUGGCAAAACAAGAAGGACGUUUAAAAGUGGCAAAUGCAGAAUUAGGGAAGGCUCAAGCAUUGCUCGAUGAGAAGCAGGCAGAACUGGAUAAAGUACAAGCAAAGUUUGAUGCAGCAAUGAAGGAAAAAAUGGAUCUCUUGAAUGAUGCAGAAGCAUGUAGGAAUAAGAUGCAGGCAGCCUCUGCACUUAUAGAUGGUUUGAGUGGAGAGAAAAUUCGAUGGACCCAGCAAAGUAAAGAAUUUCGAUCGCAGAUAAAUAGACUCGUGGGAGAUGUUUUACUCUGCACAGGCUUCCUUUCGUACUGUGGGCCCUUUAAUCAGAUAUUCAGAAAUCUUUUGCUUAAAGAUUUAUGGGAGACAGAGAUGAAAAUACGAAAAAUCCCUUUUACAGAAAAUUUGAAUCUCAUUUCAAUGUUAGUGGAUCCUCCUACGAUUAGUGAGUGGAACCUACAAGGGCUCCCAGGAGAUGAACUGUCAGUGCAAAAUGGGAUCAUUGUUACUAAAGCCACAAGAUAUCCACUUUUAAUAGAUCCACAGACCCAAGGAAAAACAUGGAUUAAGCAAAAAGAAAAGGACAAUGAUUUACAAGUGACAACUCUGAAUCAUAAAUAUUUUCGCACUCACCUAGAAGAUUCUCUCUCUCUGGGAAGACCACUUUUAAUUGAGGAUAUAAGUGAAGAAUUAGAUCCUGCCCUUGAUAAUAUAUUAGAGAAGAACUUCAUUAAAUCAGGAACUUCUUUCAAGGUGAAGGUUGGUGACAAAGAAGUAGAUAUCAUGAAUACAUUUAAACUUUACAUUACUACAAAAUUGCCCAAUCCUGCCUUCACUCCUGAGAUCAAUGCUAAAUCAUCAGUAAUUGAUUUUACUGUUACUAUGAAAGGGCUUGAAAACCAGUUAUUGAAGAGAGUAAUACUCACAGAGAAACAGGAAUUGGAAGCGGAGAGGAUUAAACUCAUGGAAGAUGUAACUUACAAUAAACGGAAGAUGAAGGAACUAGAAGACAAUCUCCUUUAUAAAUUAACUGCAACAAAAGGUUCUUUGGUGGAUGAUGAAUCAUUGAUUGGUGUCUUGAGAACUACCAAACAAACAGCUAUGGAAGUGUCAGAAAAACUGGAAGUUGCAGGAGAAACUGAGAAGAAAAUUAACACUGCUCAAGAGGAAUACCGUCCAGCUGCAACACGUGGAAGCAUUCUGUAUUUCCUUAUCACAGAAAUGAGCAUGGUCAAUAUCAUGUAUCAAACAUCAUUAGCUCAGUUCUUAAAGUUGUUUGAUCAGUCCAUGGCUAGGUCUGAAAGGUCCCCGAUCCCACAGAAAAGGAUAUCAAAUAUUAUAGAUUUUUUGACGUAUGAAACAUUUGCAUAUUCUGUCAGAGGUCUAUAUGAAAACCAUAAAUUCCUGUUUACACUGCUUCUGACAUUAAAAAUUGAUCUUCAGAGGGGCCAAGUUAAGCCAAAAGAAUUCCAAGCACUUAUUAAAGGUGGUGCUGCACUUGAUCUGAAAGCUUGUCCUCCUAAACCAUUCCGAUGGAUUCUUGAUAUGACAUGGCUAAAUCUGGUGGAACUGAGUAAACUACCACAAUUCUCAGAAAUUAUGAAUCAGAUCUGCCGUAAUGAAAAGGGAUGGAAAAAUUGGUUUGAUAAGGAUGCUCCAGAGGAAGAAACUAUCCCUGAUGGAUACAGUGAUGCUCUUGAUACCUGUCGUAAACUUCUGCUCAUUAGGUCUUGGUGUCCAGAUCGCACACUUUCUCAAGCUAGGAAGUAUAUUGCAGAUUCAUUGCAUGAGAAGUAUACAGAACCAGUCAUUUUAAACUUGGAGAAAACUUGGGAAGAAAGUGAUAAACGAACACCUCUUAUUUGUUUCUUAUCGAUGGGAUCUGACCCAACUAUCCAGAUUGAUGCACUGGCCAGGAAACUUAAACUGGAAAACAGAGCUAUAUCCAUGGGCCAAGGACAGGAAGUUCAUGCACGCAAACUAGUUCAGAUGUCAAUGACACAGGGUGGUUGGGUGUUGCUUCAGAAUUGCCAUUUAGGUCUAGAGUUCAUGGAAGAACUUUUGGAAACGAUAAUUACUGCAGAGAUUCCUGAUGAAAGCUUCCGUGUUUGGAUAACCACUGAGCCACAUGAUAAGUUUCCUAUUACUUUGCUGCAGACUUCAAUAAAAUUCACAAAUGAACCACCACAAGGUGUCCGAGCAGGUUUGAAAAGAACGUUUUCUGGCAUAAAUCAAGACUUACUUGAUGUCAGCAAUAUGCCUAUGUGGAAACCUCUUCUUUAUACAGUGGCUUUUCUGCAUUCAACUGUUCAGGAAAGACGUAAAUUUGGUCCAUUAGGCUGGAAUAUUCCUUAUGAAUUCAACUCGGCGGACUUCACAGCUAGUGUCCAGUUUGUACAGAAUCAUUUGGAUGAAUGUGACAUCAAGAAAGGAAUAUCAUGGAGCACCGUUCGAUACAUGAUUGGAGAAGUACAAUAUGGGGGCAGAGUCACUGAUGAUUAUGAUAAGCGCCUUCUUAAUUGCUUUGCAAGGGUCUGGUUCAGCGAGAAAAUGUUUGAGAGCACAUUUUGCUUUUACACUGGAUAUAAAAUCCCAGUGUGUAAAACUCUGGAACAGUAUCAUGAUUACAUUUCAACUCUCCCUGCUAUGGACAGCCCAGAAGUCUUUGGUCUUCAUCCUAAUGCAGACAUCUCGUAUCAAAGCAAUACAGCUGCAGAUGUCUUGAAUACAAUUACCAAUAUUCAGCCAAAGGAAAGCGGAGGUGGAGUAGGAGAAACUCGAGAAGCCAUUGUAUAUCGGUUAGCUGAAGAUAUGCUUGAGAAGCUGCCUCCUGAUUAUAUACCCCAUGAAGUGAAAGCUCGCUUGAUUAAAAUGGGGCAUCUUAAUUCUAUGAACAUCUUUCUUCGCCAAGAAAUUGACCGAAUGCAAAGAGUUAUUAAAAUUGUCCGAACUAGUCUCAUUGACCUCAAGCUAGCCAUAGACGGAACUAUUAUUAUGAGUGAGAAUUUAAGAGAUGCACUUGAUAACAUGUAUGAUGCUCGGAUUCCUCAACUUUGGAAACGUGUGUCUUGGGACUCAUCCACCCUGGGAUUCUGGUUUACUGAACUUCUUGAAAGAAAUAAUCAGUUUCGCACCUGGAUAUUUGAAGGCAGGCCAAAUGUAUUUUGGAUGACUGGAUUCUUUAAUCCUCAGGGGUUUUUAACUGCUAUGAGGCAAGAAGUGACUCGCGCACACAAAGGAUGGGCACUGGAUACCGUUACUAUACAUAAUGAAAUAUUGAAACAAGUUAAAGAAGAAAUCACAGCUCCUCCCAUUGAAGGGGUAUAUAUUUAUGGAUUAUACUUGGAUGGAGCUGGAUGGGAUAGACGUAAUAAUAAGCUCACCGAGUCGACAGCGAAGAUUCUUUUCACGUUGCUCCCUGUUGUGCAUAUAUUUGCAAUUAAUACAACCAGUCCCAGAGACCCUAAACUCUAUGUUUGUCCUAUUUACAAGAAGCCAAGAAGAACAGAUUUGACCUACAUUACAGCAAUCUACCUGAGGACAACUGUAUCACCAGAUCACUGGAUCUUGAGAGGUGUGGCCCUCCUAUGUGAUGUCAAGUAAAUUGUGGUCCUUGGAAUAUGACCAAAAAGCCUCACUAAAAUAUGAGAUAUGUGUUUUGAAAUGAUAAUAAAUUGAUUUUUCCUCAUUACAAUUAACUGUUCUCUUCCCACUUACCCACUUUUUUGUAUUGACUUUAUAAUUUAUAGCAGUUCUGCUUUGGUUAUGUCUCUAUUGUAAGGUGCAUUACAUCUUCUGUGCCAAAAUACAAAAAUUAUAUUUUGAA